UGACCCAAUAGCUGCGCGCUUCAGCUUCGACGCCGCCUCUAGCUGGCUGUGCGUCAUCCCCUGUCACUCAAGGAGACUCCAGGCAGUGAUGGCGGAGGUGGACGACACCGACGUGAUGAUGAACUACCACGGCGAUUUCUUAAAAAGCGACAGAAAAACCAGCCGCUACCCUUACUGCAUUGUCUGGACGCCUAUUCCUAUUUUAUCGUGGGUGCUCCCCUUCAUUGGUCACAUGGGUAUAUGCACCUCUUCUGGAGUCAUACGAGAUUUUGCAGGAUCAUACUUUGUCUCUGAGGACAACAUGGGCUUUGGUAGACCAACAAAGUAUUGGAAGCUUGAUGUGGACAAAGUGUGUGGCAAUGGUGCUGCUACAUGGGACAAAGCAGUGCAUGAUGCGUCUGAGGAAUACAAGUGCAGGCCACACAACCUGUGCUUAGAUAACUGCCAUUCCCACGUGGCCAUGGCCCUCAACCUAAUGCGCUACGACAACAGCUCGUCUUGGAACAUGGUGAACCUAUGUGUGCGGUCUUUAAUUCAUGGGAAACAUGUGAGCUGGGCAGCGUUCCUCAAGACCUGGCUUCCCUUCUUCAUGCUCUGCGGAGUUCUCGCCACAUUCAUCUUAACAUUCAACCUACAGUAGUGGAGUGAUCAUUUCAACAUGGGUCACUUCAUAGACUUUAGUUCUGCUUUAUACAUUUGUCAUAGGCUGUUGAUGUGAGUGAUGUUUCUUUUGACAGGACAUUUGUCUGUACAAAAAAAAAAUCCAAAUGAAGGACUUCGUUUUCUGUUAGGGAUCUGUAGUGAU